AUGCUGACUAUCAGUCGCCAACCCUCGCCUCCCUCCACUGUAAUUCCUCCACUUCUGUGUCUCCCCUGUUCCAUUCCUCCUGUUCCCAUCCCUCCUGCUCCCCAUCCGUCCUUCUCCCCAUCCGUCCUGCUCCCCAUCCCGCCUGCAUCGCUCAUCCCGUUAGGAGCGGUGGUGGCGACGCUGAACGGCACGGAGAUCACCAGUGCUGCUGGCGAUGUGAAUGCCACGGGCGUCAUCUCCCUCGCUGUCUUCCAGAGUGGCAGCGACUACAACAUUCGCUACGGAGCCAGCAUCCGCCUGACCGCCUCCGGAGCGCCUCUCUCCAUCGCCAUCCGCACCGGCGCUGCCGGCUCGGCAGACAGCGGCGCCGCCCUUCUCGAGUUCUCCGCCACCGAAGCAGCGUGGGCCAACCUCACUUGGAACGGCACGCGCAGGGACUUUCGCGGUCGCAGGCACGCCGCCCCCGUUCCGAAAUACUUUGGGUUUUUCCGCCCGGCUGUUCGCACGGGUUAUGUGUAUGGGUUCUCUGGCGUUUGGUAUAAUGCCACGCAGUACAGUAACGCGGACGGGCAGAGCUAUUUCGAGGUGGCGAAUCUGCUCUUGGCGAAUCCGAGUGGGUACUUCGGGAUUGUGAAGACAGCAGCAUUUGCAGAUGGAGCUGCCCGCGGUCAGUUUGCGAACUUCACCCGCCCGACCCCUGACACGUUCUGGCAGCGCAGCUAG